AUGUCGACAACAACUGCAGACCGCACAGUGGAUGUACUGCGUAGGAUAUUUUCAAGGAACGGUCUACCAGAUCAACUAGUCUCGGACAACGGACCGCAGUUUGUCUCAGAAACCUUCCAUGACUUCAUGAAGUACAAUGGAAUUCGUCAUACUACGUCAGCUCCGUAUCAUCCGAGAACAAAUGGGCUAGCAGAGAGACUAGUCCAGACUCUGAAACAGUCAACGCGUGCUUCGAAAGUGGAAGAAACUUCCAUCACUAAGCGUCUUGCCAACUUCCUACUCACAUACAGAAGUUCGCCGCAUUCAACAACAGGGGAAACGCCGGCUAAGCUUUUCUUAGGACGUGAACUAUGUACAAGACUCACACUACUGAAGCCGAAUGUUCGCAACACAGUGGAAGCUAAACAAGAGAGCAUGCAUUACCGCACGUCCGAACCCGUUCGACAGUUCAAUACCGGUGACAAGGUUGCUGUGCGUGACUAUCGCAGCAAUAAUGAGAAAUGGGUUUCAGGGACAAUAGACUCAAAAAACAGGACCUCUUUCGUACAAAGUGGAAAUUACACCAGGGACAACAUGGCGGCGUCAUACAGACCAGAUAAGAUCUGCAGAUUUCACCAACUCUGCGCAAAUACCAAUUCGAUCGAAUGA